AUGCCCGAGGAUGGUCUGCCUGAACCGCCUUUUUACUAUGUAGCACUGGCGUUGCUAGCCGGUGGUCUUACCGUUUGUUUUAUAUCAACGCUUGGCAUAUGGGCUACUUACAUGCCUGGAUAUAUAUUGUUGACCAUUUAUUUCUUGGUAGUGUUAUCGCUACUACUUUGCGAAUGCGCGGGCGGGGUUCUGGCAGCAAUAUGGCCGCGAUGUGUGGGUCUACAGAGUGCUAGAGGGGGAGCCGUUGGUGCCUUGCAAGCUUAUUACGCAGUUCCCGAUUAUGAAGAAUUUACCGCUGCAGUAGAUCUUGCCCAGACAUACUUACAGUGCUGCGGAAUAACUGACGCGCGUAAUUACGACAUGUCGGUAUGGCAACUCCGAAGACUUGGUCCUCGUGGCUUAUCGGUCCCGUUGAGUUGCUGCGUACAGACCGAAGACGUUUCGUACCUUAACCCCGUGCCCGUCAAUCAGUCUCGCUGCCAGGACAUACAACCCAAUCCAACAUACAGACAUGCACAGGUGUACGGAUUGCAGUGCAGUUCAGUUGAACAUAGGCUGUUUGGGUAA